GGGCCUUUUUUAAAUUGGGCCUAAGCUUUAUAAAGUUAAAAAUUAAUCGGCAACUAAUCCGAUUAAUUCCGCCUAAUAUCAUUAAGCGGACGAAUAUUAAUGGGCCGAGUUUUUAUACCGAAUUGGCCCAAUUCGAAACGCUUGGCCUCCAAACAGCGUUUUAGCGGCCGCGUUUGCGGCUACUCGGCCGCGUUUUUGAACAUGGAUAUAACCCUUUGUCUCUCUGUUUAUAUUUCAUUAAAUUAAUUAAUUAUUUAUAUUUCUGAUAUUUCUCUCCUCUCUGUUCAUCAAUGGCGAUGAGGAAGCUUUUAUCGAAGCGUAUCUUCAACAUCUCGAACCAAUCGUGGCAGAGUCUAACGAAUUGCCGCACAUCGUCUUCUUCGGUAUCCGUGCGAACCAGAAUCGCCCCGGAGCCCGGAGACUCCGGGAUCUCGCGGCGGUUCUUCCACAACACCGCCGUGAUCCGGCCGGAGAUCAUGCAAAUUCUGUUGGGAGAGAGCUUGAUCGAGAAGCUCCGCGAAAUCGACGGUAGCAAGGAUCGAAUCCGAUUAGACGGGAUCGCUCCGCCGAGAUUGACGGUGGAGGAUACGAAGAAAGUUCUGAGAGCGGCGCAGAUGGAGAUGGUGAAGACGAAGCUCAGAGAGACGGGGAGAAGCUGGAUGACGUAUUCGGAGUUCGUCGGCGUUUGCUGUGAAGCUUCGUCGGAUCCGGAGCACGGAGCUAGAAUAGCGAAGAUGCUUGACGAUUCAGCAAACGUCAUCGUUUUGGGAGGUUCCGUUUGUCUUAGACCGGAUCAGGACAACUCAAAACCAGAGUAUCACGUAGGAGGUUCCCAAUUUUGACGUGGUGAUGAAGAAGAACAGUUUCUACAGAGACCACCAAUAUCUUUUCUUUCCAUCCCUUCCCAAAACAAAACCAUUGAUACAUAACCCAAUAUGAAAAAAUUAAGAGAGA